AUGGGUGCCGCCUGCUCCAACACCGCCAACGCGACCGUCGCCACCGGCGCGUACGACCCGACCAUCAAGGAGGCCUCCCUGAGGUCCUACGAGGAGGCUCCGGUGCCUGCCGAGGAGGUCGCGUACGCCUCGCGUGGCCUCGCGCCCGAGGCUGCGCCGGAGCAGGAGUCGCUGCUGCAGCGCGUCUCGUCCAAGAUAAGCGAGAUGAUCGCGCCGCUCACCGAGCUGAAGUGCACCACCUCGUUCCGCGCCGCAGACGCGGCGGCGGAGGAGCCGGCCUGCAGUGACGAGCAGGCCGAGGAGCCCAAGGCGUAG